GAAGAAGUUAAGACGUCUUGUUACUCAAAGGAGAAAAGUAAGGGCCUGAUACGCAAGGGUAUCUGGGAAAAUAUCAUUUCUUACUAUUCCUCCGCAUUCACAAUUAAUUCCACAACCACGACGUCGAAUUGCACGCUCCCAUAGCUUCUUGACCUUCUUGUUACUUUUAGAAAGUAGAGUUACGUAGAAUUCCGAGAAACAAGCGAAGCGCUUGGCUUUUCGAUAAAAGGAUAGAUUACGAGUCAGCGCCCUAAAGUUCUGAUUGGUGCACAGUUGUGAUAGACAUUUAAUCGACCGUUUUGAUUGGUUCACUGUCAGAAUAGGGAAAAAUACAAUGCGAUGAAUGUAGUGUGUUCCAUGUAAUAUUGAAACAGCUAACCGAGGAGCUAACUUUGCUGAGAUUAAUUUCGCCUUAAAAGUUCUCCCAAAAGAUGAAUGGGGGACUUUUUGCUUUAGCAUUACAUUUCUCCUUUGCGUCUCUUCUUGAUCUGUUAAAUUGAUGAAGUUUGCAUCAAUUGAGUGAGUGGUCGAGUGAGUGAGUGAGUGAGUGAGUGAGUGAGUGAUCAUUCGAGUGCCUCCAAAAGCCCAUGGAAUGACUACGUCAUCCAUGAGCUAAAAAUUAAACUUCUCUACCCCCCACGGUAAAUAACUAGAGAGCCAACCUUAGUACUAUCAUACUACUUAGUAUUUAUCACUACUAAAAAAUGUUGUUCUGAUCUUCUCCACUGGCGGAGUAAUCAUCGUUGAAAAAAAUCAAAGUAAAUAACAGAUUUUACAUUCGAAUUUUUUUGCUCUAACUUCAUCAGCGAUAAAAGCAGAUAAGUUAAGGAAAGCCCGGAUAAAAAUGAUCGAGAAGUCCACUGUACCUUGUCCCUAUCCAGGGAGAGCUUUCUCUGUUUAAUGACAAAAAUGACAAUGCCCUUCUUAAUGCGACGACAGCUGGUGUGUUCUUCAGUGAUAAGAACCAUUGUUAAGAGCUGGAGCGCUAUAGUCCUUUAAUAGAGCCAGUAGUAUAGACUCUUGAAAGAACCGAAAAGGUACCUGUUGAAUCAGUUACCACCGAAAUCAGUUACCACUGCUUUGCUAUAUUUUAUAAUGUAAUGACUCCCAAAAAAAUUCUGAAAGUGUGAUUAUGUGUUCUAUUUUAGCAUGUGGCUUACAGUGUUAUGAGUGUAAAAGCAAGAAAAGUUGGGAUCACUGUGAAAGCCGCAAAGACGUCGAGAACUGCAGCUCUGGUGAGAACCGAUGUGUUAAGGGCUACGCAGAUUGGGAAGAGGACGGAUCAUCAAAGAAGGCUUUUAGAAAAGACUGUUUCUCGGCAGAGAAGUGCAAAACUGCCGCAUACAACAAGGACUGUAAGAAGGGAACCUGUAAGGUGGAUUGCUGCUCUGGAGAUCUUUGCAAUGCUGGCACAAUAUCACUGGGCAAUUCUGCCACAGUACCACUGGUCAGCGCCAUCAUCCUCAGCGCGUGCGCUGUUCUGACCACUUCACUUAAAGCCCUAAUCAUUUUUAAGUAA